AUGUCCACCGGAUCUCUCAGCGACGUCGACGACGAGCUCCUGGACGGCAUCCUCAAGUUCGGAUCGUCCAGUAAAGACUCCAACGAGAGCGCAGAGGAGAGCUCCUCCAACUGCGAGGGCACGUGGGCGAGCGAGGAGAGGGGAGACGCGCCGGGCAAAAAACGGAAAACUGCGUCUCGGAAAACUGCGCCCAAGGGAGUGGCCCAGCAGGAGGGCAAGCAGGUGCAGAGGAACGCGGCCAACGCGCGCGAGAGAGCCAGGAUGCGCGUGCUGUCCAAAGCCUUUUCACGGCUCAAGACAUCCCUGCCCUGGGUACCGCCGGACACCAAGCUCUCCAAGCUGGACACCCUGCGCCUGGCGUCCAGCUACAUCGCCCACCUCCGGCAGAUUCUGGCCAACGACAAGUACGAAAACGGAUAUAUCCAUCCCGUGAAUCUGACGUGGCCGUUCAUGGUCUCUGGGAAGCCGGAGAACGAUUUGAAGGAGAUGCUGAACGCAACACGGUUGUGUGGAACAACGCCGUCUUGA